CUCGCGAGAUUCACGAGGGAUUUUAUACUGGGGUCUAGGAAUUUCAUGUCUUGAUAUAUCUUGCACGAUAUUUCACAAAAUGCGAAGGUAUGUCUGUUAAUUUCUACAUUUUUUGAAGAUCUGUGUGUUCUGAAUAGUCGGCUAAAGUUGAUUUGUGCCUUACGGUUACAUAUUUUUUUCUUAUUGAUUAGUGGCAGGAUUGAAUUGGGAGAUGUUACACCACACAACAUCAAGCAACUAAGGAAAUUAAAUUCAGUCAUUUUCCCUGUUAGUUAUAAUGAUAAGGUACAGCCAAAAAUUGUGUUUUAAUUUAUUGAACCAUAUUCACAGAUGUGUUGUGAAAACAUGCCAGUCUUAUUUUGUAUAUUUACAUAUGAAAUCAUUGCGAUUUUUGACUCACCAUGCUUACAUGCUAGAUAUAUGCUAAUAGUGAUAACUGAUAAGCAUGCCUGACAGGAAAUUUGCACACCCGAGAUUUUGAAAAUUUAAUAGUAAAUGUCAUAACUGCAUGCCCAAGAUCUUGGUUGUGUGAUACAAAAUUUCCACAGUGUUAUACAUAUUACAGAUCUCAUACAACGCAUGCUCAUGUUUCAAAAAAUUAUUCAAAACAGCAGAAAUUGAGGUGAUGUGAAACACUAUUAAGGUGUCUCACAAAGCCAAAUUAUUUGAAGAAGAGCGAUGUUAAAUUAGUUAGACAUAACACUUCUAAGGCUAAAGGAUACCAUGAGUGCUUGAUUAACAUAAUUAACAACUUUAAUGGUUUAAUGUGUGGAUGGCAGAAACAUUUACCAAUCUAUAAUCAAUCAAUGAAAAGUCACAGUGAUACCAGUCAUUGAUUGAUAAUUGAUUUCCAGUACCAAUUGAUCAAUUGACAUCGAGUGAUAUUAAUUAUUUAUCAAUUUUAUCAAUUAAGUAAAGUAGGAUAAACAGAAUUAUAUCCAAACCAUAUUCUGUUAUCCAAAUGGUAUUCUUUUAUAAAAAAUAUGUACAAUGGUUGAAAACCUGGUUUAAUAUAAUAACACGAUAAAUGCUAAUUUCCAAAAUGUGUGUGAAGGAUUGCUAGUCAUAUCAACACUACAAAGCUUUCAUAUAUGCAGUAUUUGAAUUCUGGGUUGAUUUUGCAUGCUUACACAUUGGAACAACUUCAAAGUACUGGUGACAACAAUGUGAAAAUAAUGAAGUGCUUGGGGGCCACAUACUUUAUGAUGGUAUUUUGCUGUUGAGUACUUGAGAAGUAGCAAACAAACAUCAGCAAUCAUUUGCAAAUACAAUCAUGUUACAAAAAUAGUUGUGUAACUAUAAGAAUAAUAGAAUGUAUGCAUUAUUGUUGCCCGCAUAUUAUUUUUGGUUUAGUUUUAUAAAGAUGUGUUGGAAGUUGGAGAAUUAGCAAAACUAGGUAAAAAUUGUUGUUGUGCAAAUAUUUAAUUAUUUGUUUAUGUAUAUUAUUUGUGAGAUUGGUUCCUUGAAACAUAUAUUAUGCCCAUACAACCAUACCUUAUCAGCCAAAAUCAAUCUGGUGUGUGAUAUACAGUACAAGUAAAAUAUGAUUAAAAUACUUUGAUUUUAAAUCGUAUAUGUUAGACAGAAUAUAUCUUAUAUUUACAGCGUUUUACAAUGACACUGUGGUUGGAGCUGUCUGCUGCCGGGUAGAUCAUAUUGACAACACAAGACGACUAUACAUAAUGACAUUGGGCUGCUUAGCCCCAUAUAGAAAACUUGGAAUAGGUAUUAAUACCAAACUUAUUGUAAAAAGUACAAGGGUGUAUAUUUGAUUUCAAAGACUGAGUACUACAUUCUUGCAACUACUUGCUAAAAGAACUGGUAAAUGUUCUAGAAUUACAUGGAUUUUCAAAUAAUCAUACACAAGCUUUUACAACACUGCAUAAGAUGCUAAAAGUGAUCUAUCUUUGAAAAUAUUUGAAGUACUGGUAACAUGGAAAGUAGACUCUUGGGUCAUGAGAUAAUCACAGCUGAUUAAAAAUUGUAUUUAUAUUUUGUAAGUCCUCCAUUAAGUCUAACCAACUCAAAUAAGCCCCCCUCUCUCUAAUGACCCCUUUUGGAGAAGAAAAUUAUUAAGCCCUCUAUAUAGCGCCCACUGUACCCUUCGACAAGCCCGCUCCUUAAAUACUGCUUAAAUAAGAAUAAGCCCAAAGAAGAUUUACAGUAUUAACUGUAAUCUGCUAGGAAGUGCUGUAAGAAGACCUUCAUUUUUUUCGUAUUUACUUUCGAUCCUCUCUGCGUUCCAGGGACAGUUAUGGUUGAACAUGUCUUAAAGAUAUGUGAAAAAGAUGGAAAUUUUGAUAAUAUUUACUUGUAAGUGCUACCUGGUGUAUUUUUAUCAUUUACGCUUUCAAAUUAUUGUAUAUAUAAAAUGAACAAAAAACAUGCAAAGUUUGGAAAAUACGAGUUUCUUCCUGCGUGUGCCGUACUUCACAUGCAGUGAUUGCGGUCUAAAAACCGCCAUGGUGCGUAUAGUUUUCUCUAUUGUACUGUUUUUACUUUUCAGACAUGUUCAAGUGAGUAAUGAAGUCGCCAUUGAAUUCUAUCAAAAAUUCGACUUUGAAAUCAUCGAUACAAAGAAACAGUAUUAUAAAAGGAUAGAUCCCGCUGACGCCUACGUAUUACAGAAAACUAUACGAACGAGAAAGAGCUGAAUCAUCGACAAUCAAGACAAUAAUCCCAGAAAACAGUUCUACUGAAACAACCUCAAUCCUCUAGACUACAGUAAUAAACGAUUGAGACACAAGAAAAAACACUCUCUUAUAGUUAGUACCACGCCAUGGUUAUGAAUUCUUAUUUUGUAAAAACAAUGACCUGUAUAUAAUAAAAUUUCUAUAUUACUGCAGUU